AUGAAAUAUCAUCUUGCAAAAAUUCCCGGACAAAUCAAAGUAUGUAGCAAAGUAACUGAAGAAGUGGAACUUCAAUUCAAAAGGAUUCUGAUGGAAAACAAGAAAAAUAAGAUAGAGAAAAGAAAAUUUGAGGAGGAGGCUUAUGGUGGGGAAGCACAUGCACAAGAGGCUGAAUCGCCUAACCCUAUACAAGCUGCUGUUCCUACAACAACGAGAGACAAAGGAAAGAGAAGAGCUGUAGUAGCUACACAAAUUGGAAGUUACUUUAAAGAAAGAACUACUCUAGGAUCUCAACCGACUUUGAGAAGUGUUUUGGCUAGCAAAGAAAUUGUGCACAAGGCUAAGUUGGGACUUGCCAAAUGGAUUGUUGAUGCACGUAUUCCUUUCAAUGCAAUUCAAUCACCUUACUUUCAACCUGCAUUGGAUGGUGUGGCUGCAAUUGGACCUGGUUUUAAGGGACCGUCAUAUGAUGAAAUGAGAGUUCAUUUGCUGGAUGAUCUUAAGAGAGAGUGUCAGUUGCUGGUUGAAAAGUAUAGGAGCUCAUGGAAAAGCACGGGUUGUACACUGAUGGCAGAUGGGUGGACUGAUCAAAGGCAACGAACUUUAAUUAACUUUCUAGUUUAUUGUCCUGCUGGUAUGUCAUUUGUUAAGACUGUUGAUGCUUCUGAUGUGAUAAAAACUGCCAAUGCAUUGUUUAAUUUGUUUGCUGAUGUUAUUGAGUGGGUUGGGCCUAGUAACAUUGUGCAUGUGGUCACUGAUAAUGCUGCUAAUUAUGUAUCUGCUGGAAAACUUAUUCAUGAAAAAUACCCAAAUAUAUUUUGGUCUUCCUGUGCUGCCCAUUGUAUCAAUCUUAUAUUGAAAGAUAUUGCAAGUAUUCCUCAUAUAUCUGACCUUGCUUCCCGUGCUUCAAAAGUGACUGUGUUUGUCUACAAUCAUAUGAUCUUAUUGUCUUGGCUUAGAAAAAGAAAAAGUUGGACAGAAAUUGUUCGACCAGGAGUCACACGUUUUGCCACUGUUUUCAUUACUUUGAAAAGUAUAUAUGAUUACAAGGUAGAUUUGCAGACAUUGAUGGUAGACCAAUAUUUUACUUCUCAUAAGUUAUCCAAAAGUGCUAAUGGAAAGAUGGUUAGCUCAAUUGUCUUGGACAGUAAGUUUUGGCAAGACUGUCUUACCACUGUGAAAAUUGUUGGUCCUCUUAUUAAGUUGUUGAGGCUUGUUGAUGCUGAUGAAAAACCCUCUUUGGGAAUCGUGUAUGAAGGCAUGCAAAGAGAAAAAAAGGCUAUCAAGACCAUGUUCAGAAAUCGGAAAGCUGCUUAUACGCCAUACACAAGUAUCUUGAAAAUGAGGUGGGAUAAACAUUUGAAGCGUGAUCUCCAUGCGGCAACGUACUUUUUAAAUCCGGGCAUUUUCUACAGUGAGGGUUUUGUUGAGAAGGCAAAUGUUUUGAGAUCUUUACUUGAUUUGCUUGAUGUUGAAACACUUUGUGAUGACUCAGUUGCUGCAAUGCAAGAGAUACAGCUGUAUCGAGAUUGUAAAGAAAGUUUUGGGAGGGAAAGUGCUAAGAGAGCGGCAUCAAGACUCGAACCUGGUGAAUGGUGGAGGCUACACGGUGGGAGUGCUCCUAAUUUGCAAAAAAUGGCAGUUCGUCUUCUUCAUCAAACCUCUUCUUCAUCUGGAUAUGAGGAUGAUCCUGAAUUUACUAAUGGAGAUGUUGAAGGCAUUGAAAGUUUAAUAUACACUGAUAAUGCUAUGCCUUCGUAUCCUAAUGAUGGUGGAGACAUGGAAGUUGAAGUGGAUAUGCCUGAUGUUGUAAUUGAAUCCUCAAAUACUUCUUUUGAUGGUAUUUCUGAAAAUGCUGGCUUUGGAUUACCUAUUUAUGAUGGAGACAUCGGAACACUUAAUGAUGAUUAUGACUUCUGA